CCAUAUAGCCGAGGCGGUAAACGCACGGGUAUUCAGCAUGACCAUGCUGAGGGUGACGGGUUCGAUUCCCGGUCGGUCCAGGAUCGUUUCGUAAAAGAAAUUUCCUUGACUUCCUUGGGCAUAGAGUAUCUUCGUGCCUGCCACACGAUAUACACAUGCAAAAUGGUCAUUGGCAGAGGAAGCUCUCAGUUAAUAACUGUGGAAGUGCUCAUAGAACACUAAGCUGAGAAGCAGGCUUUGUCCCAGGAGGACGUUACGCCAAGAAGAGAGAGAGACCUGUUAAUUGUUGGCGUGGAACAGGUGCAUGAAGAUGGAGUAAAUAUCUUUUCGACGAGCUUGCAGUCAUCUUCCCCGAGUUCCGAACCGCAUGUAAUUAAGAUUCGAACAAAGGAAUCGUUCUCGCAAUGGUCCUUAACUUGCACAUGCAAAGCCGGAAAAGGAAAGUGCAAGCAUCAGAUGGCUGUUUUAUACCAUUUGUUGAAGUGUUCUACAGUUCCGCUGCUAACAGUAACAGAUUUAAAACAAAAAUGGGGCAAGAUUGCAGCUAAAACAGCAACCGAUAUGUACAAAGCAACGCGGUUAAAAGAUCUUUGUUAUAACCGGAAGUUUGAUGAGAACAUGCUGGAUACUUCAAAAACGGAAGACAGUUUGCUCAACGAAUCUACUCUUGAAGAAUCUUACGAUGGUAACAGAACUCCUAAACCCUCAAAGUUUCGGCAAUAUACUGCUACGGAAGAUGAACAAUCGCAAAUUGUGUACCAUUUUGUAUCAUGUUUCCCGAACAGCGCAUUUGGUUACGAAAUGUGUGGUAGACCAUCCAUUCAAGCUGAACCGAUCCGUCACGAAAGUGGAGUGGAGAACUGCUUACUGGAUAUGGAACUUUCAACCAGCAAACUAUCGUUGAAUUCAACAAACUCCAUAAUUUCGUUUGAAGACUUUUCUCCCGAGUCCAUUGUUAGACGAUAUGUUCAAUCUCUUUUCGAAGCUGAAUUUGAUCUCGAGUAUAAAUAUUUCAUUGGUCCUCUAGAAGCGAAUCUUCCAACGUUCUACGAAAUCAAAAUAUGUGUCUCAGCUAAAGAAUCCACAGAUAUUUGCAUGAGAACGAUUCUACAGAACUCUGAAGAGUGGAAAGAUGAGCGCAGUAUGCGUAUAACGGCUUCAAAUGCAUAUUCACUUUUCACGUAUUAUACUACAGAGAUGGAAAAAUCUAAAAACUGGAAGCGAAAAAUCAGUAAACUUAUUUUUCCAGAUGAUUUGAAGACUGUUGCUAUCGAGCAUGGACGGCGAUGUGAGCAAAAAGCAAUCAAAAGCUAUGAAGUCAUGACUGGUACGAAUGUCGAGAGGUGUGGCUUCGUCGUUCCUCCACAAAUUCCGUGGAUUGGUUGUUCACCAGAUGGCAUCAUAAUACAAACACGAAGAAUUAUCGAAAUAAAAUUUCCGUUAGCUGGGAAGACGUGCACCAUCCAGGAAAUUCUCCUAAACCUAUCGUAUUUGACUAAAUCUAACCAGUUGCGAAAGCGUCACAUGUACUAUGCACAGAUCCAAAUUAAUAUGUUUGUUCUGCAGUGCAAUAAGGCAGAUUUCGUCAUAUACUCUGAGUUCGAAGACAAAUGCCACAUUAUCCCUAUUGAUUUUGAUGAAGAUUAUGUGUACGGGCUUUUAAACACUCUGAAAGAAGUAUAUUUUAACGUUUAUUUGAAAUAUUUGUAUACACUGAAGAAUUGAAAUAACAUUUCAAAAGUGGGGUAUUCUUGUAAGCAUGUUUUGAAAAAAUAAAAACGUUAUAACUAAAAAAUCUUAUAUUUCGUUUGAUACUGUUUCCCUUUUUUUUGGUAUACUUUAUUUUCAGCCUUGAAGAUUAGUUUUUGGUGAAUCCCUGACCCCUACC